UAGCAGCAGCACAAGAAAAGAAGGAGAAGAGAAGAGAAGGGAAGGCGGGAAGACUGACUCCAUAAACACUUCUCAGAGAAUUAAUAAGAAAUUAAACUCUCAAGCACCAAAAAAUAAAAAAAAAAAAGAAAUGGAAACCAGCCCAAUGAUGAGACAUACUUGCCUGAAGCUUGAAAUUCCAAGCACCGAACCGAUUUUCGUCAAAGGUACCUGGUUCGAUACUCACUUCGACCUCUCCAUCACCGAUGGCCUCCACGCUUGGGUCUCCAACGCGACGGAAGAGGAGGUGAAGGAAAGGGCGGCUCAGUGGGAUCAGCCGGUAACUGAGUACAUCGAAUUAGUCGAACGGUAUUUAGGGUUUCGACAGCCCGGUUCAGUCUACCAGUUCGUUGAUGCAGGCGAUGACCAUAAAAGACUUUCAUGGACUUUCGAAAAGGAAGGAACUAAGCUUGAAUGGCGGUGGAAAUUACAGCCAUCGCCUGAUAGCAGGAAGAUUACAGCAGGAAUUUUGGAUUUUCUUAUGGAUGCAAACAUUAGGCUAAGUGAAGAAGUUGUUAGAAAAACUCAAUCUUUCGAGAAGCUGAAAGUGGAGGCUGAAAAAUGUUUAGAACAAAGUGAGAGAUUUACCAAUGACAAGAUGGAAUUUGAAUCAGAAAUCUAUGCAAAGUUCCUUGGGAUCUUGAAUUCAAAGAAGGCAAAACUCCGGGAGUUUCGCGAUCAACUAUCAAAACAGGAAACUGCAGGAAAAGCUCCCGUGGAUGAGGAAGAAUCUACUGACAAAACUGAGAGUUACCAUAGUGGAAGUGAUGCUGAGGAAAGUGAAGAAGAACCUGCAAAGAAUCUUACAAGCUCUUCAAAGGAUGUUCCAGCAGGCAGGGGUCGGAGGCGAAAGAGAGCUAAUUAGCAUCUGGUUGAGUAUAGAAUCUGGCAUGUUAAGCCAAUGCUAUGCCCCCCUUCCCCCUUUUCUCUGUCUUUUUCCUAAUCUCUCGGAACAUCUGUAAAUUUUUUAGCGUCUAUACCAAAUCCUGAUAGGUAUUUUGAGUGCUAGGAUGUGAGCAUGGUAUUUAACUUGAAAUGUUGUGCAAUGAUGACUUGAUCCUGUUUUUAUGUAGAGUUAUUAUCACCACGUAACGGCCACUGGGGAUUGAGAGCAAAUUACUAGCUUUUAAAGGAAAAGUAGAAAAGUUGAACCUGAAUGGUGGGGACUAGCUGAGUGGAGGAGUGGAUGGUGGGGUAUUGUUCUAAUUCUUUGAAGUACUUGGCAUAACCGUUGGAAAGAAAAAAGGCUAAGGUUGUGUUUGGUUUGCUGAAUCUUACAUUU